AUGUCCGGACGGUUAUUAAGUUUUCCGGGUCAGGGCAGCAAAGUACUUCUAGACAGGUUACAGCGUUGGGCUGCUAAUGUCUCGGGAUUUAAAGACGUAAGCUUGAUCGACAGAUUCACUGGUACAUUGGAACAACCGGAAACUAUCGCUGCAUGUUCGAACCUUUUAUAUAGCAAUUGGUUAACGGAUAAUGCGAAUCAGAAUUCAAACGGUAAAACUUAUGUUAUUGGACAUUCGCUUGGAGAAUUGAAUGCUCUGAAUGCAAGUGUCAAUGGAUUGGCCUUCGGAUGUAAAGAUAUCAUAGAAAUUGCAUCGUUUCGGAACCAACUAAUGGUAGAAGCCACCCAACGCUAUUUAGAAAAGUGUAGAAUAACCGAUGAUUCCUUUGAGUUGUGGGCCGUUACAAAUGUCCGAAGUAAAAAUUUAAGGAAGGACCUAUCGGCUGUUUUAGAUUCCAAUAUAACAAACUCUUCGGUUGACAAACCGUGUAGCAUCAAACUGGCUAAUGACAAUGCAGUCAACCAAUGCGUUAUUACAGGGUUAUCCAAUGAUAUCCAGAAACUUGUGGAAACAUGCAAGAUGGAAAAUCUAAGACACAAAUUUACUAAAUUGGAUAGUCCGUUUUCCAUUCCUUUCCACAAUAUAAAUGUUCUACGAUCCAUUCAGGAACCAUUAUACGAUUUCAUUUGGGAUACACUAAAGGAAAAUGGGAAACACCAUUUUAUCAAUGAGAAGGUGGAAAAUGGCAUUUUUUCUAAUAUAGACGGUAAGUUGACGUACCAAUUCGAUACUGCGUUAGAAAAUUUUGUCGCAGGUAGUUGCAACAUUGUCAACUUCGUCGAUUCCUGUAAAAACAUAUCUUCACUAUCAAGCGUAGAAAAGGCAUACCAUUUUGGUCCUGGUACAUCUAUUGGGAAACUUAUUGAACGCAACCUCAAGACAUGCGAUAUCUCUCAUAAUUUUAUCGAUUGA